AUGAUGAGAAUACUUUCAUUCGUUGUAUUGUCUUUGGUUCAGAUUUGGGCUCAUGCUUAUUCAUCCGAAAGAAAUGCUGAGGCCUAUCUUAUUGACAUAGUCGAAUGGGUGUCCAGUCAUAAGGAUGGCUUUGUCAAUCAAAAGGCGGAGCUUCGUCUCCUAAACUUGGACGAUGAUGACGAUGACAAUGAACCUUUGCUAGGAAUCUUUGCAAAGGCCGAAAUUGCAAAGGAUGAGGUCAUUACGCAAAUUCCUUGGGAGAUGAUUGUAAAGGGUGGUGCUCGGUCCCUGCUACUAGGAGACAGCAGUAGUAGUAGUAGUAGUAGUAGUAGUAGUUUUUGCAAUUUGGUGCAAACACUGGCCAACGAAUUGAAACUCGGGAAGCGAUCCAAAUACGCACCCUACGUGCUGCAUCUGCGUUCGUUACGAAACGGCCAGAUUCCAAGUGCGUGGUCUGUCGAAGGAAAGUAUCUCUUGACGCAAAUUCUUGGUGGCGAUGACCAACAGCUCCCACCCGGAUCGAUCACGCAAAUUCUAGAGGAGGAAUGGUACGCUGCCUGUGGGGGAGACAGAACGGAUGCAGUGAUGACCAAGGCAGCCGAACUUGUGAUACAGCGAGAAGAUCAAGGUUUCAUGGUGCCUCUCUAUGAUUUGGUGGAACAUAGAAAUGGUCACCACACAAAUACAAAAACAAGAGUGAAGGAGGGCAUCUACCACCAGACUGUUGCCAGUCGAACCAUAAAGGCAGGAGAACAACUCUACAAAAGCCACGACUUGUGCGAAGGCUGCAACGAGGAGGCAAUUGAACAAGGCUAUGGGACCGCAGGCGAACCAUCACAAGGGCAAGAAGAAGGAGUAAUACAGGUCACAUGGCAUCCAAGCAUCAAAUUCGAUCCAAUUGGAAAGAGCUAUGUCCAGAGGAGAUUCCGAAAAGAACUUCGACGAAUGUUUCGUGUCAAAAAUACCCUGCUCAAAUCGAAGCGAGAACUGAUUCCAAAGCAUGAAUGGGACGCCAUUUGGCAGUACUACGACACGAUAAAGACAGCGUUGCUUUUGGCCAUGCAUUCAUUGAUUGACCCGAAAAGUGAUAUCAUGAAUACUUGUUCCCGUACAGACCAAUCGAUGAAUCAAGGCGAUGUUUGUAAUUCUGAUCUUCUAGAGCUCUAUGAAGUGCACUACCAUGAUUUAGAAUGGGAGGUGGAUGACACCGAUUACAUUGAACCCCGUUGCACGAAAUCGCAAAUAAUCGAGCUAGAAGACUAUGCUUUGAUCGACGAAAGCAAGACUAACUACCAGCCUAUUUCGUUCUGGGAACGGAAAAGCGACGGCGAUAUCUGCAUGAACCUGGAAACUACUCUUCAGAUUUGCUCGACCUACCGACCACACUACCACGAAUUCUUUGUCCACUUUCCAGCUCGAUACAUUGAUAAAAUCAAACGGGUCAUCUUUAUCGGUGGCGGCGAUGCAAUGCUCCUGCAUGAGGUGCUCAAAUUUCCGGAGCUAGAGAAGGUCGUCGGCCUCGAACUCGACCAGCAAGUCACAAGAAAGAGUUUCAAUUACUUCAAAUCACAACCACAUUGGGACGAACAGAGAGUAGAGUGGUGGUAUGGAGAUGCGACCAAGAGCCUACCAUUGCUGCCGCAAGGCUAUUGGGGAUCAUUUGACCUAGUGCUUGUGGAUCUCUCUGAAACUGUAAUGUCCAUGUCGGUCACUGGCGAACUUGAUAUCUUCUCUGCUCUCGCGUUGUUACUGAAGCCCGAGGGUAUUAUGGUGAAGAACGAACCAUAUAUUGACCAAUUCAGCAACUUUUUCGAUCACACGAUUCACAUAUUCUACGGUACGCCCAAGAUCUGCACUCAGGUGCUUGUGAUGGGAAGCAACAAGGUUGACUUUUUGGACCAUCCAAUCAAGGAACAUCCAGAGAUCGAACGUCUUCUCUUGGAACAACUCGACGAUCCAGCCGAUCGGUUCAAGUACUUUCACGACUAUCGCAAAAACAAUGCUACUGAACAAGGCAAAUGUACCCUUAGAGAGGGAAGCGUGACAACGCAGCAAGGGAAAAAGGCUGGAAUCUUGGAAAUUUUGGAGGUAGAGAACGCCUCCAUUUCAUCCAAGCAAGACUUGGAAUCAGCAAUCUACAUUGUUGCUAGUGAUGUUGGAUUGGUGCCAGUGUCGUCACCUUCAGAUACGGAUGGCGCAAUAGUGGCUGUGAUGAAGGAAGGCUACAUUAUUGCUCGAAUAUGGGCCGAGCAAAAGUAUUGUGCGCUCGACAUUCACCUUUGGGGCGCAUUUGAAAAGUCGUCUGCGCUUCGUUCCGCCUUGAUGGAGGCAGUGGGCAGUGAUACUGUCUCGUCCUAUCGGAUUGUGGUAGGAGGUAUGUUUGGUUCCAACACUUCGGAGUCGGACAACAACGCGAUUGGCAUCCAGGUGUCCCAACAGCGAAACUGUGAAGCAGAAGUUCUGAAUGAUGACGAAAAUACAGGUGAGGACGAGACCAUGGUUAUUGCACUGCUACAAACCGUUGACCUACUGGUAGCAGAGAAGUCAAAUCUAAAGGCUGUAGUCCUUUGUGGGUUCAAGGAUGAGGGAAAAUGUUGGAGUGUUGAUGUUUUGGCUGCUAACGACCGUGCGAAGACAGUAUUGCCAAUUUGGGCUUGCGAUACUCUAAAGAACUCGACUGAGGAUCCAUCGGUGUACCCCAUGAUGUACGAAUGCGAGAAGGAAGUCGAAGAUUAUCUAAUGAGACUUACACAAGGCAACAACAAAAUAGACAUGGUAAUCCUGGACCAAUCGGCGCCACGGCAGAUGGCCCAGAUCUUUGCAAGCAUCAUGAGCUAUACAGAGAACCCAAAUAAUUUUACUUCCGAGGAGCACGUGUUUGUGUCUCUGAUUAGAGACUUGGACUCGGAGUUGUGGCGCCGGGAGUUUUUGGAACAGUAUCGAAGGGGAAAACAUGAUUUACCAUUGUUCCGAACGGAGAUCUCAAUGAAGGCGGCUGAUCGUAAUCUGGGACUGCAUUUUGUGCUUUGUUCCAAAAAUGGAUUUGGAAAGAUUCACGAGCUCAAGGCAAUGCUUUCCAAACACGCUUCUGGAUACUUGGUUGGAAUUGAGCGAGUGACUGGUGGUUCCAACUACUAUGAUGAAGCUUACAAUAUGGUCGAGUUUCCCGACUCUGCAUACGAUAGAGAGGCUGUGAGAGAAAAAGGAAGGAACUCUGUAGCAUAUGGUCGACAAAGCAUCUUCCAAUUUGAGAAAUUCAGUUCCAAUGAAGGUGGUAUGCCACCAUUUGACGACCUCAAAAGUAUGUUCUUGGCCUCCUUGACAGAAAUGGAUUACAAUACAAAUUGGGAACAGGGAUACUCAGACGUUGGUGACGGUGCGGUUUUCGUGUCCAAGUUUGAGGAGGGAUUGGCUGUUUUGGUUUGGGAUGGGCAAAAACAUGUUGAUGUGAAUCUGUUUUCCACAGACCAGAGUGAAGAACGAGCGAAUGGAUUUCGUCAGAGUUUCAUCACGCUGUCAGGUUUAUCUCAGUACCUCCGAGACGAUCAACCACGUGGUACUGGCGGAUUGAUGCUAUUCGACUUUGAAAUACCUCACCAUCACUGA